AUGGCGGAUGAACCUGAACAUUUCGUCUGUCAGUGUUUUUUCACCCAUAAUAUUUUUCUGAAUGACUACGAAGCUCACGUUACCUUCAAAAGUAAAGUUCAAUUCGAGAACGAGUAUCGGAAGGCACUUUAUCACAGAGGCUGUACAACGGACGAACAGUGGCAAGAAGUGCUUAAGCAAGUAGAAGAUGAAAUAGAAAGAAGGAAGAAGCUUGGAAGAGAUUCACAGAGGCGUAAAAAGAUCAUCAUCACUGAUUAUAAACCACUUCAUCCUGAUGUGUACAUUUUACAGGAAUCAUUUCUUGCUGAUAACUUUCUUUCAUUGGUGCAUUAUGCUAGAGAUGAUGUGACAGCCACAGCAGAUGGAUUGCUAUCCAUGAUAAAACAUUGUGACGCUGAAAAAGUCUACUCAUUUCAAGUAUUUACACCAGAAUUUUGUGAGAAGUUUAUUGAAGAAAUAAGCAACUUUGAAAACACAGAUCUCCCCAAGGGAAGGCCAAACACAAUGAACAACUUUGGGGUUUUACUGAAUGAGCUUGGUUUUGAUGAGAAUUUUUUUUCACCUCUGAGAACAAAUUACUUGAUGCCAAUCACAAGAUUGUUGUAUCCUGAAUGUGGGGGCAACACCUUAGAUUCACACAAGGCAUUCACAGUACAUUACAAGAUAGGAGAAGAUCUGGACCUCAGUUAUCACUAUGAUAACGCUGAGGUCACUUUAAAUGUUUCACUUGGUAAGGAGUUUGUUGGAGGAGAGUUGUUUUUUGGUGAUAUGAGACAGGUCCCCCUGAGAGAUACAGAAUGUACCCAGUGUGAACAUGUAACAAGUUACGGACUUCUUCACAGAGGUCAACAUAUGCAUGGAGCAUUGCCCAUCCAAUCAGGAGAAAGAAUCAACUUGAUUAUUUGGAUGCGUAGUUCUGUAGUGCGUAAUAAAUUGUGUCCGAUGUGUGGCAUGGAGCCUAGACUAAUGCCAUGUUCUGGUGAGGGGGAUGGAUUUACCACCGGAAAUUCUGUGCCAGUCUGUUCAGCCCUUUAAGCAAGGCUAGAGGCAAAGCAAGAAGGGACCCUGAGCAGGUAAAAAGAAAACAAUUGGAUUCCUUCCCCUAGAUUACUGCGUCAUAUCAAAUAUUCAGCCCAAUUUGUGAUCGUCUGGAUGACUGUAGUCCUGAAAAGGACUUUUGUCAGCGACAAUACCUUUCCUUUAGCCUGAUCUGAAGUCAUCUUAGGAGUCGACUGAAUUAAUUCUUAUG